CAUGGCUUCUCUUCAAUCCUCCUUCACGGUCCUCGCCACCACCCCCAAGAACCCCCCCACUUCCGCCUUCCGAAAACCCUCGAGGGUGAGGGUUUCAUGCAACGCUGGCGACAGCGGGGGCGGCCGUGUAGACCGUAGAAACAUGCUCCUUGGGCUCGGCGGUCUGUACGGCGCAAGCAGCCUCGUCAGCGGCCGUAGAGCCGAGGCCGAUCCGCUCCAGCCUCCCGACCUGAGUACUUGCGACGCCGAAGGCACAACUACUACUGACCGCAACACUGGGAAGGUGAUUCAUAUCGACGCCGACUGCUGCCCACCCUACAACGGCACUGAUCCCGAAUCCUUCUACGUGCCCCCGCCGGUUGACACGCUUCGCAGGAGGCCCGCGGCUCACAGGAUGACGCCCGAAUACUUAGCAGACUACAAGCUAGCCAUCCAGAUGAUGAAGGAUCUGGACACCACCGACCCUGACGACCCCCGUGGCUUCGCGCAGCAAGCCAACAUCCACUGCGCUUACUGCAACGGCCCCUAUGAUCAACGUGGCUUUCCGACCCUUGACAUCCAGAUCCACAACUCCUGGAUAUUCUUCCCUUUCCACAGGUGGUACCUGUAUUUCUUCGAGAGGAUCUGCGGUGAACUGAUUGGGAAACCCGACUUCGCCCUGCCCUACUGGAACUGGGACCACCCGGACGGCAUGUAUUUGCCAACCCCCUUCGCUGAGUCGUACUCGCCCCUCUACGACUGUAACCGCGAUCAAACGCAUGUGGGAGACGCCCUUGUCGACCUCAGCUUCGCACCGGGAGUGAGCGUCGAUGCGAAUCUCAACCAAAUGCAACAGGAAAUGAUUGUUCAGGGAGACUCAGCCAUCAACUUCAUGGGCCAAGAGUACAGUGCCGGAAGUCCUCCACCAGGUGCUCCCCGUGGCGGAACAUCCGAGCAAGGGUCCCACGGUGGCAUCCAUGUCUGGUGCGGAAACCCCAAAAACACUCUCAGAGAAAACAUGGGCAACUUCUACUCUGCAGCAAGGGACCCCAUCUUCUACUGCCAUCACUCUAACGUCGACAGAAUGUGGACCAUCUGGAACGCCCUCCACCCCACUGCAGAGCCCAUCCUCGAUCUUGAUUUCCUCGACGCGGCCUUCUUGUUCUACGACGAGCAGAAGAACCUUGUCAAAGUCAGAGUCCGCGAUUGCUUGGACAACACAGCACUGGGAUACGAGUACGAAUUCAGCAGUAUUAGUCCGUGGCUCAACUACAUACCACCUCAGAGAGAAGUCCCGGCCAACGUCCAACAACUCGCCCAAACGGCGCAGGCUGCAGCACAAGCCUUCCCUGCCACUCUCACCGACACUAUAAGGGUUGUUGUUGCCAAACCAUCUAAAGGAAAGGCCGACGAGGUGCUCGUGAUCGAGGGCAUUGUCACAGACAACAGCCUGCUCAUUGGCUUCGAUAUCUACGUCAAUGAUGACGAAAACACUACGGAUGGCCCCGUUAUUGCCGAGAGAGCCGGGGGAUUCACGCAGGUGCCCCACAGGUCUAGGACCUCCGAGACCCCCAGCGACCUCACCAUCAAAUUGAAGGAACUCUACAACAACAUUAACAUUGCUGAUGAUGAUGACAUUGUAGUCGUCACCCUCGUUCCCCGCUUCAAUGGUGACGCGGUCACCAUUGGUGGGAUUAAGAUCGUCCCCCGCGUUCCCACCGUUCCCCGCUUCAAUGGUGACGCGGUCACCAUUGGUGGGAUUAAGAUCGUCCCCCGCGUUCCCACCGCUUAGGUCAUUCGCCGAUCUUUCCCAGUUUGUGCUUUUGCUUUCUUCUCAUCUUGAAUGUUUCCAAU